AUGCCUGAUGUGGAGAUGGCCGAAUUUGGGGAGGCCGCCCCCUACCUCCGCAAGUCGGAGAAGGAACGGUUGGCUGCCCAGACCCGCCCCUUCGACCUGAAGAAGGACAUCUUUGUCCCUGAUGAGAAGGAGGAAUAUGUCAAGGCCACCAUCAUCAGCCGUGAGGGCUCCAAGAUCACUGCUCAGACGGAGCAUGGCAAGACAGUGACGGUCAAGGAGGAUGAGAUCAUGCAGCAGAACCCACCCAAGUUUGACAAGAUCGAGGACAUGGCGAUGCUGACCUUCCUCCAUGAGCCUGCCGUCCUCUACAACCUCAAGGACCGCUACGCCUCUUGGAUGAUCUAUACCUACUCGGGGCUCUUCUGCGUGACAGUCAACCCCUAUAAGUGGUUGCCUGUCUACAACGCUGAGGUGGUGGCUGCCUACCGGGGAAAGAAGCGGAGUGAAGCUCCCCCCCAUAUCUUCUCCAUCUCUGACAAUGCCUACCAGAACAUGCUGACAGAUCGUGAGAACCAGUCCAUCCUCAUCACCGGAGAAUCCGGGGCGGGGAAGACUGUGAACACCAAGAGAGUCAUCCAGUACUUCGCCGUCAUCGCUGCCAUCGGGGACCGUGGCAAGAAGGAGACGGGAGCCCCGGGCAAGGGCACCCUGGAGGACCAGAUCAUCCAGGCCAACCCUGCCUUGGAAGCCUUUGGCAACGCCAAAACUGUCCGGAAUGACAACUCAUCCCGAUUUGGAAAGUUCAUCCGGAUCCAUUUCGGAGCCACUGGGAAGUUGGCAUCGGCUGACAUCGAGACAUACCUCCUGGAGAAGUCCCGUGUCAUCUUCCAGCUGAAGGCUGAAAGAAACUACCACAUCUAUUAYCAGAUCCUCUCCAAUAAGAAGCCAGAGCUGCUGGACAUGAUGCUGGUAACCAACAACCCCUACGACUAUGCCUUCAUCUCCCAAGGAGAGACCACGGUUCCGUCCAUUGAYGAUGCAGAGGAGCUUCUGGCCACAGAUAGUGCUUUUGAUGUCCUGGGCUUCACCCCAGAGGAGAAGAACUCCAUCUAUAAACUGACAGGUGCCAUCAUGCACUUCGGCAACAUGAAGUUCAAGCAGAAACAACGUGAAGAGCAGGCAGAACCAGAUGGCACAGAAGAGGCAGACAAGUCAGCUUACCUAAUGGGGCUGAACUCRGCUGAUCUCCUCAAGGGGUUGUGCCACCCUCGGGUCAAGGUGGGCAAUGAGUAUGUCACCAAGGGGCAGAAUGUCCAGCAGGUGAUAUAUGCCGUCGGAGCCUUGGCCAAGGCCGUGUAUGAGAAGAUGUUCAACUGGAUGGUGACCAGGAUCAACAACUCACUGGAGACCAAGCAGCCAAGGCAGUACUUCAUCGGUGUGCUGGACAUCGCUGGAUUUGAGAUCUUUGAUUUCAACAGCUUUGAGCAGCUCUGCAUCAACUUCACCAAUGAGAAGUUGCAGCAGUUUUUCAACCACCACAUGUUCGUGCUGGAGCAGGAGGAGUACAAGAAGGAGGGCAUUGAAUGGGAGUUCAUUGACUUUGGCAUGGACCUCCAAGCCUGCAUCGACCUCAUUGAGAAGCCCAUGGGAAUCAUGUCCAUCCUGGAGGAGGAGUGCAUGUUUCCCAAGGCCACGGACAUGACCUUCAAGGCCAAGCUCUUUGAUAAUCACUUGGGCAAGUCGGCCAACUUUGGGAAGCCACGCAAUGUCAAGGGGAAGCAAGAGGCUCACUUUGCCAUUAUCCACUAUGCUGGCACAGUGGACUACAACAUCAUUGGGUGGCUGCAGAAGAACAAGGACCCCCUCAACGAGACAGUGGUGGGGCUCUACCAGAAGUCAGCCCUGAAGCUCUUGGCCAACCUCUUCGCCAAUUAUGCUGGGGCUGAUGCACCUGUGGAGAAGGGGAAAGGAGCUAAGAAGAAAGGUUCCUCCUUCCAGACUGUCUCUGCCCUGCAUCGGGAAAACCUCAACAAGUUGAUGACMAACCUGCGGUCUACCCACCCUCAUUUUGUCCGCUGCAUCAUCCCCAAUGAGACCAAGUCUCCUGGUGUGAUGAACAACCCCCUGGUGAUGCACCAGCUCCGCUGCAACGGGGUGCUGGAAGGCAUCCGCAUCUGCCGCAAGGGCUUCCCCAACCGCAUCCUCUAUGGGGACUUCCGCCAGCGGUACCGCAUCCUGAACCCUGCUGCCAUUCCCGAAGGGCAGUUCAUCGACAGCCGUAAGGGUGCCGAGAAACUCCUGGGAUCCCUUGAUAUUGACCACAAUCAGUACAAGUUUGGACACACCAAGGUCUUCUUCAAGGCUGGGCUGCUGGGGCUGUUGGAAGAGAUGCGGGAUGAGCGCCUGGCCCGAAUCAUGACCCGCUUGCAGGCCCAAGUCCGUGGUUUCCUCUCCCGCCAGGAGUUCAAGAAGAUCCUAGAGCGCAGGGACUCACUGCUGGUGAUCCAGUGGAACAUCAGGGCCUUCAUGGGGGUGAAGAACUGGCCUUGGAUGAAGCUCUACUUCAAGAUCAAGCCCUUGUUGAAGAGYGCUGAGACMGAGAAAGAGAUGCAGAACAUGAAAGAAGAGUUUGGGCGGCUGAAGGAGGCCUUGGAGAAGUCAGAAGCUCGGAGGAAGGAGCUGGAGGAGAAGAUGGUGUCCAUGCUGCAGGAGAAGAAUGACCUYCAGCUCCAAGUGCARGCUGAGCAAGAUAACCUGGCUGAUGCUGAGGAGCGCUGUGACCAGCUGAUCAAAAACAAGAUCCAGCUGGAGGCCAAGGUGAAGGAGAUGACAGAGCGGAUGGAGGAUGAGGAGGAGAUGAAUGCUGAGUUGACAGCAAAGAAGAGGAAGUUGGAGGAUGAGUGCUCUGAGCUGAAGAAGGAUAUUGAUGACCUUGAGUUGUCAUUGGCCAAGGUGGAGAAGGAGAAACACGCCACUGAGAACAAGGUCAAAAACCUCACAGAGGAGAUGGCUGGGCUAGAUGAGGUCAUUGUCAAGCUAACAAAAGAGAAGAAGGCCCUGCAAGAAUCUCACCAGCAAGCGCUGGAUGAUCUGCAGGCAGAGGAAGACAAGGUCAACACCCUGACAAAGGCCAAAGUUAAGCUGGAGCAGCAAGUGGAUGAUCUGGAGAGCUCAYUGGAGCAGGAGAAGAARAUCCGGAUGGACCUGGAACGGGCCAAAAGGAAGCUGGAAGGUGAUUUGAAGCUGGCUCAGGAAAAUAUCAUGGACCUGGAGAAUGACAAGCAACAACUGGAUGAGAGGCUGAAAAAGAAAGACUUUGAGCUCAACGCCCUCAAUGCCAGAAUUGAGGAUGAGCAAGCAGUUGCAGCCCAGCUCCAGAAGAAGCUCAAAGAGCUUCAGGCACGGAUUGAGGAGCUGGAGGAAGAGCUGGAGGCAGAGAGGACAGGCAGAGCCAAGGUGGAGAAGCUGCGCUCAGACCUGUCACGGGAGCUGGAGGAGAUCAGCGAGCGGCUGGAGGAGGCGGGUGGUGCCACUUCAGUGCAGAUUGAGCUCAACAAGAAGCGGGAAGCAGAGUUCCAGAAGAUGAGGCGGGACCUGGAGGAGGCCACACUGCAGCAUGAGGCCACAGCUGCUGCUCUGCGCAAGAAACACGCUGACAGCGUGGCUGAGCUCAGUGAGCAGAUCGAUAACCUACAGCGGGUCAAGCAGAAGCUGGAGAAGGAGAAGAGUGAGCUCAAGCUGGAGCUGGAUGAUGUCGGCUCCAACAUGGAGCAACUSAUAAAGGCCAAGGCCAAUCUGGAGAAGAUGUGCCGCACCAUGGAAGAUCAGAUGAAUGAGCACCGGACCAAGUCUGAAGAGGCCCAACGCAUGGUCAAUGACCUCACCACUCAACGAGCCAAGCUCCAGACAGAAAAUGGUGAGCUCUCCAGGCAGCUGGAGGAAAAGGAAGCCUUCAUCAACCAGAUGACGCGAGGAAAACUCACCUACACACAACAGCUGGAGGACCUCAAGAGGCAGCUAGAGGAAGAAGUCAAGGCCAAGAAUGCACUGGCCCAUGCCCUCCAGUCAGCCCGGCAUGACUGCGACCUGCUGAGGGAGCARUAUGAGGAGGAGACGGAGGCCAAGGCUGAGCUCCAGCGCUCGCUCUCCAAGGCCAACUCUGAGGUGGCACAGUGGAGGACCAAGUAUGAGACAGAUGCCAUCCAGCGCACUGAGCUGAAGAAGGAGCAGGACACCAGUGCCCACCUGGAGCGCAUGAAGAAGAACAUGGAGCAGACCAUCAAGGACCUGCAGAUGAGGCUGGAUGAGGCUGAGCAGUUGGCCCUCAAGGGGGGCAAGAAGCAGCUGCAGAAGCUGGAAGCUCGUGUGAGGGAGCUGGAGAAYGAGCUGGAGGCUGAGCAGAAGCGCCAUGCCGAAAGUGUCAAGGGUCUCCGCAAGUCUGAGCGYCGCGUCAAGGAGCUCAGCUACCAGACAGAAGAGGACCGCAAGAACCUGGUCCGACUCCAGGACCUUGUGGACAAGCUCCAAAUGAAGGUCAAGGCCUACAAGCGACAGGCAGAGGAGGCGGAGGAACAGGCCAACUCCAACCUGGCCAAGUUCCGCAAGGUGCAGCACGAGCUGGAUGAGGCRGAGGAGCGUGCCGACAUCGCCGAGUCCCAGGUCAACAAGCUGCGGGCCAAGAGCCGUGACAUGGGAGCCAAGAAGGGACUCAACGAGGAGUGAAGCUCUGGACCUCCAACACUAUCCCCUGGACCUCCAAGAGGCCCAGCCCCARUCCCAGCCCCCUAACCUUGGUCAGCCAAUAAAAAACAUUG